AUGGCUCGCCAUGCGCCGAUCUUGGUGGGCUUCGACCAGACUAGUGUAGGCGAGGAGGCGGAGCCGAGGAGGGGAGCUGACAUGGCUAGAAGUGGUCCUUCCCGAAUGAAGAAACCUUGUGAUCAUUGCAAAAGAUACUUGGACCAUCCGGAUGAGAAAAAUCAAAGUAUGAGCUGCUUCCUCAGGCGUAUGACUGCCAGUCCUAAACAUAUCAUGAUUGUGCCAAACAAAUUUCUGAAGCAUUUUGUAGGAAAGUUAUCCCAAACUAUCAAGUUAGAAUCCCCUAAUGGCAGCGUAUAUAAUGUUGAAGUUAUGGAAUGUUAUAAUAAGAUGGUUCUCAGACAUGGGUGGGAGGAAUUUGUUGGUGCCCAUCAUAUUGAACAGAACGACUUCUUGCUGUUCCGGCACAUUGAAAACUCUGUUUUCAAGGUUCUGAUCUUUGAUUCCGAUGGUUGUGAGAAAAUCAUUUGUUGUGAUGGCAUAAAAAGCAUCCCAAGUGUUAGAGAAACAAGAGUAGAUUAUGUUGAUAUUUCAAGCAGCUCUCAGUUUGAUACCAUAGGAUCGUCAGGGAAACUUUCCAGUCGACAUGAGGAAACUUUGAAGAUGACUGUAACAUCCUCGUCAUCUGGUGGCUCAGGAGAAGACAUUCCAUCUGAAAAUGAAUCUUUUGAGUCAGAUGAUCUUCAGGCACCAGGGGCUGAUUAUAUUGUAUCACAUCGAACUUAUCUAUCUCAAGAACAAAAGGAGAGAGUAACUUUGCUGAUCCAGGAGAUUCAACCUAAAACUACUGUUUACAUUGCCGUCAUGCGGAAGAGCCAUGUUCAUCCUCCAGCUCCUUCUGUUGAUAUUAUAAAGGAAUAUGCAUUUGCAUAUUUUCCACAUGGAAACGCAAAUGUCACACUUCAGAGACCAGGCAAGAGCAAGAAGUGGCAUCCCAAAUUCAACACAACAAAAGGUAGUGUGUACAGGCUUCAAGGGCAGUGGUUAGACUUUGUCCGUGACAAUGAUGUGCAGGAGGGAGAUAUCUGCGCCUUUUUACCGGAAAAGUUUGGGAGAAGUUUUACGUUUACAGUCUAUCUAAUUUGCGCAGCAGCUACUUGUUCCAGGAGUGAAACUGGUUUUCAAAGGGCUGGCCCAUGCCCUGGUGGAUCUAGUCCAAAUAUGGCUUCAGAAGUUUAUACUAAGGAGCCAACGGAUGGAGAGCAUGUUUCAUCGGAAAGUGACAUGAAUGAAAAUUUGCGUGAAUCUCUUGAGAGAGAAGAUUCUGGUAGUCCAUCUCAGCCUCUCUACAUUUUACCAUCCAAUAGCGGUCUAUCUAAAUCCCAAAAGAAGAUUGUUGAAGAAAGAGUGCAAGCCAUCAAAUCUGAAGUUCCCAUUUAUGUAGCAAUCAUGAGGCGGAGCAGCCUUGGGAUGUCUCGGACACCUACACUACAUUCACAAUGGUCAGUGAUGCCACCGCUCACUGUCGGAAUAACAGUAGUGUCUGCUUUUGCUUCACUUGCAGUAGCCUCCAUAUACAACUUCUCAGAGUUGAGAUCCUUGGACAGAUGCAGCCUCCACAAGCACUGCCGCGUCCGCGAGGUUGAUGUCGGUGUCCAUUUCAAUGCCCAGCGUCAAAGAGUUGGUAGGCUAAUACUUUUGGUAUUUUUACAGAACACUGUGUGUGAAGUGUGUGGCAAUAUUGGUUAUAAGUGUCUUCUGAUAGGUUGCAGAGGCUGCAACAGUUCUGUGGUGCACCUAUACUGUUUGGAAAAGGUUGUCUUUGAUGCAUCAUUGGUAGAGUGGUGGUGUUAUGAAUGCCUACAAUGGCGUGGUGAAGUUACUCGUGGCAGGUUUCUAGAGAAGGCAGAGGACAUAUGCCAACAAGAUUACAGAACUAGCAAUGAGUUGCCACAUAGAACCAUUGGUGCCAAUGUAACACAGCCAUCCAUUCUGCAAAAAAAUGCCAUGGAAAAAUUCUUGCCUCAUUCACCAAAUGAUAGUUGUGAGGAAGUGUUUUCUUGUUCUGGCUUCAGAAACAACACAAGUGCUCAAGAAAGAAGUGUAGAUUCCAUUGAUAUAUCAAGCAGCUCUCAACACGAUACCACUGAAUCAUCAGAAAGCAUUGAAAGCUUUGCUGAGUGUCAGAAGGGUAUAACCUGUCAUCGUGGCAAAACAUUAAAGAAGGAUGCAGCAUCCUCGUCAUCUGAGUUUUCAGGAGAGGACAUUCCCUCUUCAAAUGAUUCUUUAGAGUCUGAUGAUCUUCAGGCACCCCCAAGGGCUGAUUAUGUUUUAUCGUAUAGAAGUUACCUAUCUGAACCACAAAAGCAGAUAUUAGUGGCAUUUAUCCAGGAAAUUCGACCUAAAAUCACUAUUUUUGUAGCAGUCAUGCAGAAGAGGAAUAUUCAACCCCCAGGUCCUUUUCUGGGUAUUUCCAAGGAAUAUGCAUUUGCACAUUUCCCACAUGAAAGCACAAAUGUCACACUUCAGACCCCUAGCAAGAGCAAGAAGUGGCAUCUGAAAUUCUACAAGAGAAAUGCCAGUAGAAAUUACAUGCUUAUGGGGAAGUGGUUAGACUUUGUCCGUGACAAUCAUGUGCAGGAAGGAGAUAUCUGCCUCCUUUUCCCAACAGAGGGUGGGAGAAGAUCCACAUUUAUGGUCUAUCUACUUUGUGCAACAGCGACUCAUUCCAUAGGUGGAGCUGGUUUUCAAAGGGUUUGCCCAUGCCCUGGUAGAUCUUGUGCAAAAACAGCUUCAGGAGUCCAUAUUAUGGAUGAAAUAACCAAUGAUGAACAUGUCUCCUUCGAAACUGAUGUGCAUGAAAUUUCUGACAAAUCUCUGGAGAGUGAAGACCCUGGUGGUUCACCUCAGCCUCCAUACAUUGUACCAUGCAGGAACUCUCUAUCUAAAUCUCAAAAGAAGAUUGUUGAAGAGCGAGAAUUAGGUGUACGAUAUGCUUCUGUGCAUCUUCCAGCUAGUGGGCGAACUGUGGUGCUCCAGUGCAUGGGGAAGACAUGGGAGACACAGAUGGUGAUUCAUAAUGGUAGAAGGUGGUUUCUUAAUGGAGGUUGGUCCAAAUUUGCUCGCGACAAUGGUCUUCGAGUUGGUGAUAUCUGUCUGUUCGAACUGAAGAAGAACAAAAGGAAGCUUACCAUGAAGGUCUAUAUCAUCUCCAGGGAGCAGUUUAGUUUGAAGUAG